GACAGUUAUGUCGUGAAGAUGGUGGAAUGCCGCAGUACGGUCUGCGCGGUUGGCUGCAAACGUCCCUUUGCAAAGUGCCUCGCAUAACGGAAUGAUCAUGGGUUCCGCACCGUUACAAAAGGCGGUCCGAUCGACAACGGUGCCUACGAAGACCGUUCGCAAGAAGAACACGUUACUCGUGAUAAUUGGUACAGUGGGAGUGGCGUCGCUUUUCUUCUUCUACUCGCGCCAGGAUGAAUCCUUCUGGCUCAAGCCCGUCAUCGUGGCCAAGGAACUGGUGGGAAUGGCGCAGCCCGGAUACGCCAUCUACACCAGUGGCUGCAAGAUACCCGCCUUCGACCCGUUCCACUGGACCGUAGCCGGCCUUUACCGCAAGCAAACCCUGUACGUGUGCCCCGGAAAGCCCAGUUUCAUACGCCUCGCGGCUAACGUGCCUUCUAUAGAUGCCAGGGUUCUCUGGGAGCACCACAAGUACAAGCCUAGUGAUGUAUUGUGCACGUACCAGAAGAUAACUCGCGACGAGAACCGCACAGAGCCGGACUCGGCGGUGGUCUACCACCCCAGCUCCAAGAUCAACUUCGGAACUCCCCUGUCCAGCGAUUUCGUGUUCGUGACGUGUUCCAGUAACGGCGCCAAGUUCCACGAAGAGUUCCUCAUGGUGCCCGUGCUGAAGGAACAAGUGGAGCAGCGCUGCAAACUCGCCAAGGACGCGGCUACUCCGCCGCUCAACCGCACGAAAGAACGUCUGAACGUUGUGAUCGUUGGCCUCGAUUCUGUCUCUCGUCUAAACUCACUUCGCCACCUGAAGAGGACUCGAGAGUUCUUACUGGAACAAAUGGAAGCGAUCGAACUUUACGGUUACAACAAGGUAGGCGACAAUUCCUUUCCCAAUCAAGUUCCUUUGUUGACAGGAAGGUCGGGUGAAGAAGCCAUGUCACUGUGCCCUGAGAAGUUUUUCGACAAUCUUGAGUUCAUCUGGGAUAAGUACGCCUCUCUCGGCUACAGGACCCUGUUUCUCGAAGAAAGUCCCAAGUACGGGCUGUUCAAUUACCUCCUCAAAGGGUUCAAGGACAUUCCGACCGACUACUAUUGCCGUCCCAUGAUCUUCGCGAUCGACAACUCCAGGUUCAAGAAGUUUAUCGGCGGCGGCAAAGGCUGCGUGGGAUCGACCGUCCAGACUAACAUGUACCUCGACUACACCACGUCACUCGUCUCUUUUCUCGGCAACCGCAGCUAUUUCACUUACACUUGGAUAUCCGACGUGACUCACGACAACUUCAACUCCGCCGGGUUUGCGGACGAGCCUUUCCUGCGAGCCUUCCAGCGGCUGAACGCCAGCGGCGUCAUGGACAAGUCCAUCGUGGUGUUCCUCAGCGACCACGGCAUGCGAUACGGACCCAUCCGGCAGACGCUAAUCGGCAAAUAUGAGGACCGUAUGCCCUUCGUGUUCCUGAUGCUUCCGCGAGAGUUUCGCCGCAAGUAUCCCCAGGUCGUCAAGAACCUCAAGAUCAACCAGCGGCGUCUCACCACUCAUUACGACCUGCACGCCAUGCUCCUGGAACUUGCCGACUUCCCCAACGACUUCCCGUCCUUCAAGACUCAGCACGGCACCAGCCUGUUGAGGGAGGUUCCGGAAAACCGGACUUGCAGAGAUGCCUCGAUCGCGCCGCACUGGUGCUGCUGUCACGACAGCGGAGAGUUCCCCGUGACAGACCCGCUGUCCAAAAAGAUGGCCAACUUUGUCCUGGAGACCGUCAACGGCUGGCUGCAUCAGGGUGCGCCGGGAAAGUGCGUGCGCCUUCAACUCCGCAGUGUAGUUGACGUGUACGAGGUGACCGUCGACGCCAACAGUGACACGCGCUACUUCUGGGUGACGCUAAAGUGUUUCCCCGGUGAGGGACUCCUCGAAGCGACCGUGGCCGUUAACGGAACGGGAGCUCUCGCCACGGAGCGCGUCAGUCGUUUGAACUGGCACGGCGGCCAAUCGUCGUGCGUCAAGAACCACCUGCUCGAACUUUACUGUUUUUGCAAGCACCAAUAGUGGGCGAGCUUCUCACGUGUGUACGAGACGCCCCAGUGUUUGCCGGUGAUUACGUGGUCGAGCGUUCCCAACUUCUAGAUGCAUCCAUUUUUAUACGUUGGUGAGUCACAACGGGCCUUUGAAUGACGCUUUUGUACACAAUGGCAGGGUAAUGGGCUCUGUUUCCUUUGCGCCAGAUAAGACUAACGUAGUGAGUUGAGUUUAUAAGAAUGUUACGCGCAGUGCAAACCUAUCGAUGCAUCCGAUAUCGGGGCAUAUAUAGUUUUAUUUGCUAAGACCUAGUCAAGACAGAUAUUUAAAUAUGUUUUGUUCUAAUUAACUCGAAGAUUACUGUCGAGAUGCGUAUACCACAGGUGGCACGUAUUUACAGCGCGGGUUGUAAUAUUGAAAUGGUUUGUAAGGGGAAGUGGUCGUAAAUAGUGAUAGCGAAUAUAGUACACCAGCGUGAGCAGAUGACCAAUGACAGAUAGCUCUUACUAGCGAAGAGCUCGGCUAACUUGAGCUGAGUUAGAUUUUUUUACGCUGUUGUGACGAGGUCGACCAAACAAACACAUUAGACGAGCUCUCGUUCUUGACAGUGCGGAGGCGCGUAAACCACUGAUGUAGUAUCCUUUAUUUAAAUCAAACGCACGUCUAUGCAGACCGCAUCUUGUCCUUCAAGAAGUCUUAGCAGCGCACGCCUUUUUUGUGGGUUAAAUUUCAAGUAUGUUAGAGUCAGGCAGUAAAAGUAAUGAGGGAUGCUUUCAUGGCUUGAUCGAUUCUAUAGAGCUAUGCAAUGAUACCAAAGAUUAAUUAACAGCCUGCAUAUAUUUAAAGAAGCCGGGUAUAGCCAGAACUGGGACGACUGCAAGGUUACGCUUGUUUGAUAUUCCUGUAUUCACUCACUUUUUUUGUUCUUGCUCUAUAAAGCAAGAGAUAGCUUCGAACAGCUUGCUCUAUAACUUCACAAGGCUUGCACGUUGAACGAUUCAGGCUCACUGUAUACGAUGAGUGGAGCAUUUUCUGUGAUACCUUCCGCCCAUGAAUACGAGAAGGCUACGCUCAUGCAAAAUGACAACAGUAUACGUAUGUACUUGAUAUCCAAAGCUAAGAUAACGUUGGGGGCUUUCUUUCAGCACAGCUUUUGGGUGCAAAAAAAAAAACUUUAGUGUCGAUUAUAGCACGAAGAGAGGAUAGAGAAAGGUUGGGGCUUAAUGCUGGUUUGGUUUCUAAGGGCAGGGGCAUAGCAAGAAAUGUUUUUCUGAGCGCGGGGGGGAGGGAGGGGGCUUAUAAAUGUUUGUGAGUGUGUUUGUACGUGGCGUGUAUAUAUAUGCAAGCGAAAUUGAAAAACAUUGGUGGGGUUGCACCCCCCCCCCCAUUUCUUGGCUACGCCCAUGUUUAAAAGGGUCAUGAACCACCUUUCGGCCUGAAAAAAAAAAAACAAAUCAUGCAGGCCAACUGAUGUGAUCACCUCACAACUAAACAUUGCGGUCACACUUCUUAAAGUAACUAUGGAAUACAUUCACUAAAAGAGCUUAUUACCUCUUGAAUUCAACACCGCUAAUAUUUUAAGAGUUCGUCCAGUAAAAGCGGAGUUGAAAAGAUUUGUCUCC